AUGGAAACACAGACAUACGAAAUUGUGAUCAAAGAACAUCUGACCUCACCAGAAAUGUUCAUAGGACACCAGACCUUGAUAGAAAUGUUCAUAGAACACCUGACCUCGCUAGAAGUGUUCAUAGAACACCUGACCUCCCUAGAAAUGCUCAGAGAACACAUGACCCAGAUAAAAGUGUUCGUAGAACACCUGACCCAGAUAGAAAUGUACAUAGAACACCUGACCCAGAUAAAAGUGUUCGUAGAACACCUGACCUCACCAGAAUUGUUCAUAGGACACCUGACCUUGAUAGAAAUGUUCAUAGAACACCUGACCUCGCUAGAAGUGUUCAUAGAACACCUGACCUCCCUAGAAAUGUUCAGAGAACACAUUACCCAGAUAGAAGUGUUCGUAGAACACCUGACCCAGAUAGAAAUGUACAUAGGACACCUGACCCAGAUAGAAGUGUUCGUAGAACACCUGGCCUCACCAGAAAUGUUCAUAGGACACCUGACCUUGAUAGAAAUGUUCAUAGAACACCUGACCUCACCAGAAAUGUUCAUAGGACACCUGACCUCGCUAGAAUUGUUCAGAGAACACAUGACCCAGAUAAAAGUGUUCGUAGAACACCUGACCCAGAUAGAAAUGUACAUAGAACACCUGACCCAGAUAGAAGUGUUCGUAGAACACCUGACCUCACCAGAAAUGUUCAUAGGACACCUGACCUUGAUAGAAGUGUUCAUAGAACACCUGACCUCACCAGAAAUGUUCACAGGACACCUGACCUCGCUAGAAAUGUUCAUAGAACACAUGACCCAGAUAGAAAUGUUCAUAGAACACUGGACCCAGAUAGAAGUUUUCAUAGAACACCUGACCCACAUAGAAAUGUACAUAGAAUGCCCGAUUUUGCUUGAAAUGUUCAUAGAACACCUGACCUUGAUAGAAAUGUCCCAGAACACAUGA